GCAUCAACGCGCGCGAGCGGCGGCGCAUGCACGACCUGAACGACGCGCUGGACGGGCUGCGCGCCGUCAUCCCCUACGCGCACAGCCCGUCGGUGCGCAAGCUCUCCAAGAUCGCCACGCUCCUGCUCGCCAAGAACUACAUCCUCAUGCAGGCGCAGGCCCUGGACGAAAUGCGGCGCCUCGUGGCCUAUCUCCACCAGGGCCGAGGCCUGGCCGCGCCGGUGGCCGCCACGCCCCUGACGCCCUUCAGCCAGGCCGCCGCCUACCCCUUCCCUGCGGGUGCCUCGCUGCCCUGCCCGGACAAGUGCGCCGCCUUCCCCGGGACGCCCUCGGCGCUUUGUAAACACUGUAACGGGAAGCCGUAAGGGCCCCUCGCCCCCGCUUCCACACGCGUCC